AGUCAUUUUACCCUAAUUAUCUUUCUUUAUCGCCGCCGCCUUCGCCUUCAAAUAAUAGUUUCCCAUCUCAAAUCAAUGAACCAACUUCGAUCUCAAGCCGUCUUCUUCUACUAAUAUGCGGUCUUCUUCUUCUAAUAUGCCGUCUUCCUCUCCUAGUCCUGUCGUAGUCUCUGAUCUCUUAAUUUUUUUAAGAACCAAUUCCGAUAUCUAGUAGUCUUCUUCUCCUAAUCCUAUCGUAGUUUUAGAUCUCUCAAAACUUUGAAUGAACAGUUCCUUUCUCUAGUUGCCUUUUUCUCCUAAUCCUUCUGUAGUCUCCGAUCUCUCAUUAUUUUCAAUGACCCAGUUCCAAUCUCUAUCCGUAUUCUUCUCUAUAAACAUAGUUGUCCUAGUUUUCAAUGACCCAGUUCCAAUCUCUAGCCGUAUUCUGCUAAAGAAGUUUAUGUCUACGAUGGCGUAUAUAGAACUUGAAAAACCUCUUCUUCAAGUCGGUGAGAAGAAACCGUCCUGGAAUGCAUGAUGCUGAGGUGAUUGCUUUGUUAACUGACGUUGAGCUCCAGGAGACGUUGAACAGGGGGAGAGGACGUGAGGGAAAAGUGUACAUUUGUCCUGAGCGCAGUUGCAAACAUCACGACCCGCGAUAUCACAGCAAUAAAGAAACACUACGCCAGAAAAUACGGCAGUGGAGAAUUUGUCCAGAGAAGAAUUGGAAGUGUCCAAAAUGCCUCAAGAAAUACGCAGUGGAGACAGAGGCAGAGGAGACCGACGCAAAAGAACACCUCUUUGUGGGUGAGAGAGGAAUAAAAAGAUGUGUAAAUUAUAGCGUGUAAAAUGUUUUCAUUGGUGUUAUUUUUUAUUUCCAACUAAUUAUAUGUUUGGUUGUGAUUUUGAACAUUAAUGAAAUAAUUUGGUACCUUGAUCUGUA